AAAAAUGGAACGUUCCUUCUAUACUUUCUCCUAGUCAACAAAACAAAAAGGAGUAGAGGUAUCUUUUUGUUUCUAACCUAUUAGUAUUAUUUGUUUUUGCGGAAUAUUCCUCGGUCUCUUUGUCUAAUCCUACACGCGCUUAUAAUAUGUUAAAUAACUAAAAUAUAAUUAAUAAUUAAAAUAAGCUGAUAAGGUAUGAAAAUAAACAUUAUAUCACCUUCGUGGUAGAUAAUUUAAUAUCUUAAGAAAUCUUGCAUCACUGCAAUCAGAUGAUAUGAUUGAAAAUGUUUUUUUUUUAUUUAAAAAAAAUACAAAAGCACAUAAUACGCUCGCACUUAUUUCCCCUAAGAACUGGCAGUGGCUUAAAAAUUUUAUGUAGGUGUAUAGGUUAAAAAAAUUAAUAUAAAACGCUGUUAUAGCUAAAUACAUUCCGGUUUACUACCACAGUAUACCAUAGAGGUCAGUUUUGCAGGCGGCACCUAUUGUGUAGGUUACUUUUAGACAUAGAGCACAUUCAAUCCUUUUUCACUAAAAGCUAUAUAAAUAGGUAGUAUAUACCGACUCUUUGCUCAAGUCCGGUAGUAACCUUAUCAAUGUCAUCAAUCGAUAAUGUCAUAUACUAAAAUCAAUCAUAUCGUUCGUGUAGUAUUUUAGUUGCGUAUUAAAUUAUUUGUCGUGUUUGUUUCACAAUGAUUAUACAACAAUGAUUACUGAUACAAAAGAUUUCAAUGUCGUGAUAUCUGGUAUGCCACACAAAAAGAAUGUUAUACUAGCUGACGUGAACAUUCCAUACAAGUUCUCAAUAGACCGACAGAAGAAUAAUUUGUUUUUCUGUAUAAACGCGGACGAGUUUUCAGAUCAGAGCUUUCAAUCUGUGGCUUUGGAUCUUGACACUGGGUUAGCUUCUAUUGUGCCUGGAAUUCGUAAUGGGUUUGCCAGUGCUGUGGAUCAAACAUCUGGUGACGUUUUCCUUGGAGGCAGUGACGGCAUAUUCAAAUACAAUUACUCUACAAGCGACAUCGAUAAACCCGGGCUUGUGAACCGAACUGAUAUAUUCGACAUGUAUUUCCACAACAACCUGUUCUUCGUAGACACAGCCAAACAGAAUCUGUACGAGUACAAAGACAAUACGAAGAUUUUGGUCCCAGAGGUUAAGGAAAACCUAAUUCAGCAUUUUGUAAUCGAUGUUAAUAGUGAUUUGUAUUUCGUUAAUCCGACUGGGCUGUUUGUAUUGGCGAAGGGGAGUAAAUUGCCAGUUCUAGUCCACGGGAACGACAUAAGUAUUCGUGGAGCUACGACGGAUGUGUUUGGAACACCGUACUUCAUAGCGCACGACGGAAUAUAUUGUGUCAACAAAAUCAGUAGGGAAUUAUCAUUAGUAUUGCCGAUCAAUAAUGGAUACGGACUAGCCUUUGACAAAAGUAAUAACAUCAUUUACAGUGACGAGCGGUCUGUUAACAUAUUGACUCCUUACUAAAUCGUUAUACUGUAAUCAUUAAAUGACAUAGUCUUAGCACAUUUUAUUGUUUUUAAAGUUUCAAUAAAUUAAUGUUAAUUAUUUGGCAAGUGGAUCCUAACUAAGCUCGGCUAAAAUAGACAUUUAAUCGUCGGUACUGAGUCGAGACACAUUAACGUGAUUGUAAACGUUUUGAUUUCUGACUCAGUAAGGCAGAAUAUUGGGGCUUAGUUAGGCACGUUUAGAAUUUCAAAUACGACUUACUUAUAGCCGGUAGCUUUCACCAAUUUAAUUCAUAAAUUUAAAUGGACCAAGCCUAAUAAAUGGUUAGGUAAUUUUUGUAUUCUAACAAAAAUAUGGGAUUGAAUAAUAAAAUAUUCGCAAGGUUGAAAUGAUUUGAAAAGGGCAUUACUUACGCGCAUACUGUAAGUGGUAAAAUGAAAUGUAAUUUAUAUUCUUGGAGAGUCCAGCAGUGAGUGCGGAGGGGAGGGGGCCACGCUCCCGCCGGAAAAUGUGGAAUGACACAAAUGGAAAUAAAUGAAUCUUGGUUUUAGUAAUUUCGAUAUUAACAGUCCUUUCUUCUCUACUUAGAAACAGC